UAGAAAGAGCCAUGAAGUUUGCGUUUGAAGAGUUCCAUCUCUGGUAUCAAUUUGCAUUGUCCUUGAUGGCAGCAGGAAAAUCUGCUCGAGCUGUUAAAGUCUUGAAGGAAUGUAUACGUUUGAAACCAGAUGAUGCAACUAUUCCACUCCUUGCUGCAAAGCUAUGUAUGGGAUCUCUCCACUGGUUGGAAGAAGCUGAAAGAUUUGCCAAAACAGUUGUUGAUCUUGGGGACAAAACAUCAGAGUUUAAAGCAAAAGGCUACUUGGCACUGGGAUUGACUUACAGUCUGCAGGCUACUGAUGCAUCUUUGCGAGGGAUGCAAGAGGUCUUGCAGAGAAAGGCUCUUCUUGCAUUUCAGAGGGCUCACAGUUUGUCUCCAACGGAUCAUCUGGCAGCAUUUUACUUGGCACUGCAGCUUGCCAUAUCCAGACAGAUACCAGAAGCUUUGGGUUAUGUUCGACAGGCUCUGCAACUACAAGGAGAUGAUGCCAACUCUCUUCAUCUCCUUGCACUCUUGCUAUCAGCCCAGAAACACUAUCAUGAUGCUUUGAAUAUCAUUGAUAUGGCCUUGAGUGAAUAUCCAGAAAAUUUUAUAUUACUGUUUACGAAAGUCAAAUUGGAGUCCCUGUGCAGAGGCCCAGAUGAAGCACUCCUUACCUGCAAACACAUGCUCCAGAUUUGGAAAUCCUGCUACAAUCUCACUAACCCAAGUGAUUCCGGACGUGGGAGCAGCCUCUUAGACAGAGCUAUUGCUGAUAGACGACAGCUUAAUACAAUUACAUUACCAGAUUUCAGUGAUCCUGAAACAGGUUCAGUCCAUGCCACAUCAAUAGCAGCUUCCAGAGUGGAGCAAGCACUGUCUGAGGUUGCUUCAUCUCUGCAAAGCAGUGCCCCUAAACAAGGUCCCCUGCAUCCUUGGAUGACUCUGGCUCAAAUAUGGCUUCAUGCAGCUGAAGUCUACAUAGGAAUUGGGAAGCCUGCUGAGGCCACAGCAUGUACCCAGGAAGCAGCUAAUCUCUUUCCGAUGUCGCACUAUGUCCUCUACAUGAGAGGUCAGGUGGCUGAACUUCGUGGAAAUAUCGAUGAAGCCAAACGCUGGUAUGAAGAGGCCUUAUCUAUUAGUCCUACCCAUGUGAAAAGCAUGCAGAGGCUGGCUCUGAUACUUCACCAGCUCGGGCGCUAUAGCUUGGCAGAGAAGAUUCUCAGAGAUGCUGUCCAGGUGAAUUCCACGGCCCAUGAGGUCUGGAAUGGCCUGGGCGAGGUGCUGCAGGCUCAAGGCAAUGAUGAUGCCGCAACCGAAUGCUUCCUGACGGCGCUGGAGCUUGAAGCUAGCAGUCCUGUGGUCCCUUUUACCAUCAUUCCCAGAGUCCUUUAAGAGGGCAUCUUGAUCAAUCGAUUUUGGUCUGACUUCUGGGUGAGGAAACCCAGUGUAUCAGGCUGCCUGGUAACUGGUUAGUUUGGCAAACUUUAGAGCUACAGGUAACAAACUCGUCUUUUGCAGGAAAGUGGCCAAAACAGUGACGUGAUGCAAUAUAUUAAUGUUAGACUGAGAGGACAAAACGGCUAGCCAGAACCAAAUCACUCAUAUCACCUACACUUUUGCCCUGGUAGUUUUAAAACAUCAUUAUAUUGUUCAUGGAUGAUGUGCCAUAUUUUGUUAGUGAUACUUGAGUGUUACUUAAAAUUGUAAUGGAAUCAACUACCAAAUGUAGAGUAAGUUAAAAUUCAGUGGCAGAGCAGACUAUUUUUAACAAGGCUGUUAAUAAAACUGUUCUCUUCCUGCCUCUCAACCUCUUUUGGCCCAAAGUCAAAAUGUGAAUUCUCUGUUUCCAUCUCUAUUUUAGUCCAGGCCAGAAAAUCAGUUGAGUUCUUGUUUUUAGUUGUUAAUAACUGUGAUGUGUGGCUAACUGUUAUCUCUAUUUAGAGCAAAGGCUGAGUACAAGAAUAUUUAUAUUUUACCAAUGUAUGCCUGUUACAAAAAAUAUAUUAGUUAUUUAAGUUUAACUUUUUUAUGUGAAUUCAGAGUUUAUUUAUCAAUGGAAAUAUGUAAAAAGAAGCCUCAAAUGGAAUAUUUACCGACAUUCCUUAUACAUGACCCACACUUGGCUAAAUGGGAAGAUUAUGUUAAUAAUAAAAUGAUUUUUAAAUGGAA